AUGCUUCUAAAGAAUACACUGUUGUUGUUCCUGCUGUUGUUCAACAUCAGCAGCAUGUUGAUACAACCGAUAUAUAGCCAGGAACCAAUACAAACACAACCCAAUCCAGACACUCCACCAGUCCGUGGAGUUCCCAUCCCCGUUCCAAUACCGCCUUCACAAUCACCAUCAGAUCCUUCACAGACAUUUCAUUUCCAAGACAAAUCAUUCAAUGGACUUGUGGAGAGUAUUAUACCAGCAAGAUUUAGAGAUAUUAGACCAUUAGACAGAGAGAUCAAAUUUUACUUGGCACCUGAUGGCAUAGAUGACCCGAAAUGUGGAUCAACGGUGGAGACUCCAUGCUUCUCAUUCAAGGGUGUCGCCAAUCAAACAUUAUACAUGACAAUCCUAUCAAACAUUACAAUCACAAUGGCACCAGGCCUGUACAACUACACUGAUCAGAAUUACGCCGAGUUCUUUCUUCAAGUCAUAUCGAUAGUUGGCACGAGGAAUGAGAAGGGUAGCACCAUCAUCAUCCUCCCCUCCAGUGGCUCAUGGCUACGCUUGGUUUUCACAACAGCCUUUGUAUCCAACAUCACACUGGACGGCACAUACUCUUGGCCCAUCAUCACACAAUACAACGAUGGUAGCAAUCUUGUCGAAUCAUACAACAAUGUCCCAGCCUACAUCAAACUAUUCUACACAUCAGUAUCCAUUGAUCGACUUAUAGUGACAAACAACACAUUUCUCUAUCUCUUUCAAAUAUAUGAUUCAUAUGCCACUGUUACCAACUCGAUAUUUAAGGGUAAUAAGAUAUCGACAAUAUUCCUUUCGUUUGCUUCAAGAGUUGUGAUGACACACAAUCGAUUUGUGAUGAACAAAGCUGUCUCCCUUAUAUAUUCAUUUGAUACCAGGAUGUUCAUUUAUAAGAGUCUAUUCAUUUCCAAUACUAUAACAUAUGGUAUCACUGGAGUGUAUAACUCAUUAUAUAUUUCGACAUGCAGGUUUCACAACAAUUACAGCACAUUCUCUUUACUGAUCAUGGCCAGAAAUGUAGAAUUUAGAGCAUAUUAUUCAAUAUUUCAAUCGAAUACUGCGAUAAUAUCAGGUAUAGCAUUGUUGAGCGAUGAUACAUAUUCAUCUUUUACUGGAUGUAUCUUUGAUUCAAACUUUGGAACGGAGAGCAAUAUGUUUGGAACAAGUUCAUGGUUGUUGGUGGAGCACAGCAUCAUUCAAAACAAUGUAAUGCGUGCAUCAUCACUAUUCUCUGCCAGUUCCAACAGUUUCACCAUGGUCAUGGAUUGCGUGGCAGUCAACAACUCUGCCUCAAUCAUCACAUCAGAUUCCAAUACAGUAGUUGUCAUUAUGGAGUCAUGGUUCAAGCGUAUUCAAGGUAGGAUAGUAGAGUCAUACGGUAAUGGACCAGUGUUCAUUAUGAACUGUAGGUUCAUGAGUUGUAGGACGACAGACUCAUUGAUCAUUAUUGAGAAUAGUUCGACGAUGCGUGUUCAUCAUUCUGAUUUCAUCAAGUGCAUGUCGGCCACGACAAUCUUUUUGGACAACAUGGCCGAACUGUUUGUCUCCCAGACGACAUUCGCCAACAACACCUACAAGAACGCAUUGAUCGAGGCCAGGAACCGCUACAACAUCACUCUUUCUCAAACAAGUUUUAACAACAACACUGGAACAUUCGUUGCAGGUGUACUCAAACUUGAUCAAACUGGAUCACUCACAAUGACGAGGAGCUUCGUGACAAACAACACAUCUCCAUAUGGCGCCAUGGUUUAUUAUAUGAAUCCAAAGAGAUGGAAUGAUACAGUGUGUACCAACUACUUUGCCAACAAUGAUAUAUCGGGCAAUAUGGUCAGUUUUGCAGGUGCCAUCACAUUCUACACUCAGGACAUACUAUGCGAGUAUGAUUGUAUCAAUUGUACGACCUCCAAAAAUCAUGCUGAUCACGGCGACGACGUCAACACCAACUACUACAACUUCUCUGCCAAUUUACCGCGACACUUUGAGACACCACAGACUUUCACCGUGUCCAUCAUCUCGUAUGACGCAUUUGGAAACACACUGCGAGGAUACAACGACAUUACAUAUCGAGUGUACCAUUCAUGUCCCAACGUACGACUCGAGGGCAUCACCAUGGCAUCGGCCACAAAGAUGGGCAUUCAGCAGCUGGGGCAACUGGAACUGAGUGGUCCACCAGGCAGCCAGUGCAACCUGACCUUCACAUCAGACCCGCCACCUGCCACUGGUGACUUUGUAUGUUUGAUCUACUUUAAGCAAUGCCCGCCUGGCACCCAACCGUUCGUCGUUGGUGGCGUAUAUCACUGUCUUAAACUCUCCAAGAUCCCAAAGCAUCUGGUCAACAUCAUGUUCAUACUCAUAUUCUUGGAGAUGGCAUUGGUCAUUGCAUGUAUCAUCAUGAUCAUCAUCUUUUGGAACAACAAGAUCAUCCGAUACUCGAACCGUGCCUUCCUCCUGAUCAUACUUUUCUCAGCACUCCUUCUUCAAUCAUCCAUCUUCCCCCUAUACUUUGUCAACUCUGUUACCUGUAAGCUGCGAAUCAUCAUACUUCCACUAGCCAUGUCCACCAUAACAUGUAGUGUCAUUGCCAAGAACAUCCGUAUAUAUCGAAUCAGAAAGGAGUUAAACUUCCAGACCGAAUCACUUGUAAAGACAUCCAACUUCUUAAGGAAUCUUGCAUUACUUAUGCUUGGACCAUUGUUGUUGGUAAUUCUCAAUGUUGUACUAUCAUCAAACAAUGAGAGAUUGGUCUUCCGACCCAAAGAGGCAGCCCACUUAUGCGAGAACAACUCCGCCUACAUCUACAUCGUCAUCAACUUGGCAUAUUUGGAAAUACUAUUAUUUGCAUGCUGUGUAUUAAUAUACAAGAGCAGAGAGUUCCAUUCUUCACCGGGAACAUUCAGUGAACCCGUCUAUAUUGCCAUACUUGUGUACAACUACUUGAUCAUUCUGGGUAUUCUGAUCCCACUUCGAUUUUCCCUGCAAUCCAAUCAGACUGCCCAAUUCCUCAUUCCAACAAUAUCCAUUCUACUCUUUGUCCUGGUAACCCUACUCGUACUAUACCUACCCAAGUUCUACUUCCUGUUCCGAGGCAAGGCAGUAGUUGUAUCCGUAGGUACCCACUAUACACUUGAUCAAGUUGUCAAGCCGGUCGAGAACUAA